UAUUUUAAGCAACAGCAACAAAAAAAAAAGGGCAGAUCGCACCCACUUUGUGCUUGUACGGGCUGGGAAAUGCCCCCCUUGCUAGCCCACGAGGGUAGUGGGCAGGCCAAGCCAGCGCCCGUUUGGUUCCCGUCAGCCUGCGUCCUCUGGCUGUCUGUCACUCAAAGCGCGUCCCCCCGGCCUCUUCUUUCGCGACCCUCUCUGAUGAGCCUCUUCCCACCUGCCUGUCUGCGUAAUCCUUCUGUCCAGUCCCCACUACAUAAAGCCUGGUCCUCCCCUGCACCGCCUUUGACUUGGCUGGCUGCUGCUCCAUCGUGCCCUUGUGUGCUCAUGUGUAUCCGUGUCUGUGUCUGUCGCACGUCAUCCAUCUAACAGGACAGACCGACCUGCAUACCUACCUACUCACACAUAUACCCCCCGACGACCGACUCACCACGGCCCCCGAACCCCUUCUCUCCUCGGCCUCUCUCUCAUCUCCCUCCUUUCAUCACGCAAACUCCGGUCCCCACAUACCUGCAAACCUUCUCUCACUCAUACAUAUACGCCCCAUUGUCUGCUCCCGGCCGCUCGUCAGCAAGCGCUCGUAACGCCCCCUACCUGCCUGUCCGUCAGCCUCUCAGCACCCGUCGUGCCUGCUUUUGCAAUGGCCGCCAACGACUACUACCAAAACUCGGGCCAACGCCCUGCCCAGCCCACGUAUACAAACCCAUCCUACGACCAUUCUCCCGCCUCGUCGCCCUUUGACGACAGGAAUCGUUACGAUUACCCCAGCACUGCGAACCUCGUCCACACCCAGACUGGUUCAUCACAUCACCCGGACACCUCAUACCAUGGUGCUUCGCCCAACCCACACCAGACUUCAGAUCCAUUCGCCGACCAGAACGCCAUUCCCCUCAAACAACACCACGGUGCCAUGCCCCCUCAUGGCCCCUACGCCGCGGAUCCCGAAGCCAGACGCCCUUCGCAUGCACCCUCCAAGAAGAAACAAAAAGGCUGGUUCACUGGGAGGGUCACCUGGGUCGUCUACUUUCUGACCACCGUACAAGUCGCCGUCUUUGUGGGAGAAUUGAUCAAGAAUGGCAUAUUAACGGGCUCCCCGAUUCAAACCAAGCCCAACUUCAACAUCAUGAUCGGUCCUUCCCCCUUCGUACUCAUCAACAUGGGCGCCCGAUACGUGCCAUGCAUGCAUUACAUAGAAAAGGUCGUCAACAACUCAGUCGUCGAGUGGCCUUGCCCCGACACCACGACUCUGAAUGACACCAGAUGCAAUCUCAAUUCUCUCUGCGGUCUCGGAGGCGUCCCUACCCAGAAAUAUGACUUCACUUUCGAUCAGCGCGCCGAGCACAAAGACAUGGAACCCAACCAGUGGUACCGUUUCAUCACGCCCAUCUUUCUGCAUGCAGGGCUCAUUCACAUUGGCUUCAACAUGCUGCUGCAGUGGACGCUGGGUCGCGAUAUGGAAAAAGAAAUUGGGUCUUUGCGCUUCGCCGUCGUCUACUUCAGCUCCGGCAUCUUUGGAUUCGUUUUGGGCGGGAAUUAUGCUGCCGAAGGAAUCACUUCCGUUGGCGCGUCCGGGUCCUUGUUCGGCAUUCUCGCUCUAGUUCUUCUUGACCUGCUCUACAACUGGAGAACCCGUCGCUCGCCCGUCAAGGACCUGAUGUUCCUACUCUUGGAUUUCGCCAUCUCCUUCGUUCUCGGGCUUCUUCCAGGUCUCGACAAUUUCUCACAUAUCGGCGGUUUCUUGAUGGGCCUUGUGCUCGGUAUCUGCCUGUUGCAUUCACCUCCCAUCAUUCGCGCUCGUAUCGCUUCAGAUCCUCCUUAUUCGUCCGUCGCCAAUGCGCCUGGAUCUGCGAAAGCCAGCAACAACGUGCAAAAACUGUUGAAAGAGCCUGUCGGGUUCUUCAAGGGUAGAAAGCCCUUUUGGUGGGCCUGGUGGGGUGUGCGCGCCAUUGCGCUGCUGGUGACUCUCAUCUGUUUUAUCCUGCUUCUACGAAACUUCUACGACUGGAGAAACGAAUGCGAGUGGUGCUACCACUUGACCUGUCUGCCCAUCACCACGAACAACGUUAGCUGGUGUGACAUGGGUCAGAUCAACAUUAUCACCAAAAACGAGUCCAAGGCGCCACCUCAGAUUCGGUCCUGGUUGGAGCCCGCCCCGCUACCCGUGCUGCUACCGACUUUUUGA